UUAAGAUUAAUUUUCAGUAUCAGGUGAACAGUGUUGAGUCUCCCAUAUUUGUCUAAGAUAUACACCCAACAUAUCGCUUAAAUUUAAGGCGGAUUGCAAAAGAACCACAAGAUACAUGAUGAAAAAUAUCUUUCAUAGCAUAUUGACAUUCUUCGCAUUAAUUGCAACAAUAGAGCCAAUUAAUAAUAAGGCACAUACAGUCUUUGGAGAUCUUGUCGAUGGACCUUUUAAACGAUCCAUAUACAAGCGAAAUAUCUAUUUUGCAGACCCAAAUACCAAUCAGUUGGUGAAUCUUCCUCCAGUCCUUCAAAUCGUAGGGCAUAUAAAACUUCAACAAAAUGUAGAAACUAAAAAAGCGACGAAUAACAUCGUAAUUAACGAUGGCCAGAUAACCAAUCUUUAUGGUGGAAUUUCUUCACAUGUAAGUGAAAUAAAUGGGGUCGGAGCUGCAAGAAAUAUCGGGAGAAAUAGCUAUGGAGAUGGGUUUGUUAAGGAGUUUCAAUUUGGAAAUGCAGAUGCUUUAAAUCGGGAACAAAAUACGGCUAUAAGCGAUUAUGGAGUCGAUGCUAACUUAGCGCUAAGUGAGGCUCAGCUAACACAGUUAAAAGGUGGUAUUUCUCUACAAGGAGGUCAAAUAAGCGGGGUCAGAGGUGAAGCAAAUACUAAAGGAAAUAGCUUAAAUAAUCAUGGAACCGGAUCAGCAAUACAGCUUCAAUUUAGAAAUGGUGCCAUUAGUUCUGAGUACAAACAAGGCCAAAACACAAAUCAAGUUUUGAACUUACUCGUACGAAUUAAUGGAAAAGUAAAACUAGAACAAAUCGAUAAAGUAGGUAAGUUGGUACUAAGCGAUGCCCAAAUAACACAUCUCGUUGGUGGUACUUCUCUGCAAGGAACCACUUUAAAUGAACUCAGAGGUACAGCAAAUUCUAAAGGAAGUGGCUCAAAUAGCCUUGGAAGUGAAUCCACUGCACAAUUGCAAUUUGGGGGUUUUAAUUCUGCAACACGUGAUAGUAGCGGACAAGUAAAUUAUCAGGAGCGAGGUAUUUUUCAUCAAAAUCAAGAUGAGGAUGAAUAUGGGGCUUUAGUUACCCAUAGUAAGUUUAAAUCUACUAUCAGAGGAGAAGCAGCAAGAAAUACCUUAAUUGAAAGUGGAUCCGUUCUGAAGGCUCAGUCUGGAAAUGGGGGUGUUAGUACUCCGAUACGAGAUAACAGCGGAGAAGUAAAUUAUCAAGAUGAGGGUGAAUAUGGGGUGUUAAUCACGCGAAGUGAGUUUAAACCAGAUGCUAAAGGGUCAGCGAGUACUAAAGAAAAUAACUUAAAUGAAAAUGCAUCCGUUUUGAGGGCCCAGUUGGAAAAUGGUGGUGUUACUCCAUCACUAGAUAACAGUGAAAAAGUAAAUUAUCAAGGGCAAGGAGGUAUCUCUAAUCAACAUCAAGAGGACGGUGAAUAUGGGUUUUUAAUUACGCGUAGUAAGUUUGAAUCAAAUAUCAGAGAGUCAGCAAGUAAAGCUAAAGCAAAUAGCUUAAAUGAAAACGGAACUGUUAUAAAGGCUCAAAUUGAAAAUGGGGAUGUUAGUGCUACGAUUCGAGAUAACAGUGGACAAGUAAAUUAUCAAGGAGGUACUUUGGCUCAGGGAGAAGACCACAGUUUUAAUCAAUUUGAGAUUUCAGGUAAAAAACCUACAACUGUAACAAAACCAUCGUCGGAGUACUUACCCCCUUACACCAAUAACAUUUCUCUUGCUAACCAGAAAAUAAAUACUAUAGUACAAAGCAGAACCUCGGAUGAUGACAGUGAAAAUCAUUUACUAAAUGGUAAAUCGUCUCAUGAUGUUGGGCUAUCCAUAAAAUCCCCUAUAGGAAGCGCCCAAGUUUCAGCUAAAGAGUUCGGCGCAUCCGUAGGGCAACCCAUUAGACGUCUUGGCCAUCCAUUACUAAAACUAUAAAACCUCUAAACCUCUUCCUUCAUGACAGUAAAAGCUACAAAUUAAAUUAGGAAGUAUCAAGUAAUAAUUUUUGUGAUAGUUUGUUCUUAAUAAAAUUGAUUCAGAAAAGAA